GUAAUGAUAAGAUAAACGCAGUGGUUUCUUUCGUAGAAGCUGCAUAUACCAACAACUAGUAGGAGUAGUAAUUAACACCGGAGAUAUCUUAUGCUCGCUUAUCUGUAGCAGGUAGUAGACGCCAGCCACACCACCAUGGCCGAUCGAGCAGCGACGUCUCGUCCUGCUGCUGCCGCCGCCUCAUCGAUCGGCAUCAAGCAGUUGGCGGAGGUGGUGGUGGUGCGGCACGGCGAGACUUCAUGGAACGCCUCUCAUAUUAUCCAGGGGCAAAUGGAUCCGGAGCUCAACGAGACCGGCAGAAGCCAAGCUCUAGUGGUCGCGCGUCGGCUGUCGAGGGAAGUCAAGCCAGCCGCCGUGUACUCCUCCGAUCUCAGGCGCGCCUCCGAGACCGCUCGGAUCAUAGCCACAGCCUGCGGCGUAUCCAAUCUGGUGUUUGCUCAGGCGCUGAGAGAGAGGCACAUGGGAGAUCUCCACGGCCUGGUGUACCCCGACGCCGUGAGAAGGCACCCUGAGAUCUUCUCUUGGGAUGGAAGGACACAGGAAAUCCCCGGUGGUGGGGAGAGCCUUGAUCAGCUGUCUCAGCGGUGCGUCUCCUACCUGAACACUGUCGCUGAGAAACACAAGGGGGAGCGUGUGAUCGUGGUCACCCAUGGCGCGAGCACGGAGGAGCUCUGCUUGCACGCCGACCCGACAAGCCCGGUGCGCGGGAAGCUUCACAACACAUCGAUCUGUCUGUUCCGUAUCGGCGACGGCGAAUGGAUCCUUGAGAAGGCCGGCGACGUCGCCCAUCUCAGCCAAGGUGGAUUCCUGGAGGACGCGUUCGGCGGCGAUGGCGCGUCUGCAUGACGGUGUACAGGUUCACACAAAGCCGAUUCGACCGGCCAAUAUUAUUGCGUUCCUACAUGCUCGGAGUUGCUCCUGGGUGAAUUUCCUUUAAUCAAAUCGUAUGGUAGUAAGUGGUAACAUAAAGAGACGGUGUUGUGCCCCGUUAGCCAUUGCUCACUCUGCCUAUCAUUUUUUUUUGAAACAAAGCUAAAAAUUUACCAUUUUUAUUGAUUAAGAAGAGGUUUUAGAGGUGUUACAAACCAAGACUUGACACAAGGUCAAGCCCAAAACAUAAGCAUACUCUCGCGGCAUUACAACA